AUUUCUUAGCAUCUGAGGAGCCCUGCUUGGGAGAGCAACUCUGACUCCUUUGGGAAGAACCUAUGAUUAUAGAAGGUUCAUCUGGUUGGCAGAUGGAUGCGAAAUGCCUUUGAGUUUCAUGGGAAGCUCACAGAAGACUGUGAAAUGGCACCAGUGGAGACGUUCAGUGGCAGGUAGGAGUAUGCAGGUGCGCCAGAUCAAACCUGAUACCUUGGUCCCCCUUCACCUCCACCCCCAACCUGCAAUCCCUUCUUGAGCCAGCCGGCCAUCCACUGAGCCAUUCUAACAGGACACUACCACCAGGAUGCCACCAAAAAAAGUGAAAAUCCAAGUGGAGGAAAAAGAAGAGGAUACUGAGGAAAGCUCAAGUGAAGAAGAGGAAGAUAAACUACCUAGGAGAGAGAGCUUGAGACCAAAGAGGAAACGGAAGAGAGAUGUUAUCAAUGAGGAUGACCCAGAACCUGAACCAGAAGAUGAAGAAACAAGGAAAGCAAGAGAGAAAGAAAGGAGAAGAAGGUUGAGAAGAGGAGCAGAGGAAGAAGAAGAAAUUGACCAGGAAGAAUUGGAAAGAUUGAAGGCAGAGUUAGAUGAGAAGAGACAAAUGAUUGCUACUGUCAAAUGUAAACCUUGGAAAAUGGAGAAGAAAAUUGAAGUUCUCAAGGAAGCAAAAAAAUUUGUGAGUGAAAACGAAGGGGCUCUUGGGAAAGGACAAGGAAAAAAGUGGUUUGCAUUUAAGAUGAUGAUGGCCAAGAAAUGGGCCAAAUUUCUCCGUGAUUUUGAGAACUUCAAAGCUGCUUGUGUUCCAUGGGAAAACAAAAUCAAGGCAAUUGAAAGUCAGUUUGGCUCAUCAGUGGCCUCCUACUUCCUCUUCCUGAGAUGGAUGUAUGGAGUAAAUAUGGUUCUUUUUAUCCUGACAUUCAGCCUGAUCAUGCUGCCUGAGUACCUCUGGGGUUUGCCAUAUGGCAGCUUACCCAGGAAAACAGUCCCAAGAGCUGAAGAAGCUUCAGCGGCCAACUUUGGCGUGUUGUAUGACUUCAACGGUCUGGCACAAUAUUCCGUCCUCUUUUAUGGCUAUUAUAACAAUAAACGAACGAUCGGAUGGCUGAACUUCAGGCUGCCACUGUCUUAUUUCCUGGUGGGGAUUAUGUGCAUCGGAUACAGCUUUCUGGUUGUCCUCAAAGCGAUGACCAAAAAUAUCGGUGACGAUGGAGGUGGGGAUGACAAUACUUUCAACUUCAGCUGGAAGGUUUUCUGUAGCUGGGACUACCUCAUAGGUAAUCCUGAAACAGCUGACAACAAAUUUAAUUCCAUCACUAUGAACUUCAAGGAAGCUAUAACAGAAGAAAGAGCAGCCCAAGUAGAAGAAAACGUCCAUCUGAUCAGAUUCCUGAGAUUUCUUGCUAACUUCUUUGUGUUUCUGACACUGGGUGCCAGUGGCUACCUCAUCUUUUGGGCUGUGAAGAGAUCCCAGGAAUUUGCACAGCAAGAUCCUGACACCCUAGGGUGGUGGGAAAAAAAUGAAAUGAACAUGGUUAUGUCUCUCCUGGGGAUGUUCUGUCCAACAUUGUUUGACUUAUUUGCUGAAUUGGAAGAUUAUCAUCCUCUCAUUGCUCUGAAAUGGCUUCUGGGACGCAUUUUUGCUCUUCUUUUAGGCAACUUGUAUGUUUUUAUUCUUGCUCUGAUGGAUGAGAUAAACAACAAGAUUGAAGAAGAGAAGCAUGUGAAAGCCAAUAUCACACUCUGGGAGGCCAACAUGAUCAAGGCUUACAAUGCAUCCCUCACAGGGAAUACCACUGGGCCCCCCUUUUAUGUGCAUCCUGCAGAUGUGCCACGAGGACCCUGUUGGGAAACAAUGGUGGGACAGGAAUUUGUGCGGCUGACUGUGUCUGAUGUUCUGACUACUUAUGUCACAAUCCUUAUUGGUGACUUCCUCCGAGCGUGUUUUGUAAGGUUUUGCAAUUAUUGCUGGUGCUGGGAUUUGGAAUAUGGAUAUCCUUCGUACACAGAAUUUGAUAUCAGUGGCAACGUCCUUGCUUUAAUCUUCAAUCAAGGCAUGAUCUGGAUGGGCUCCUUCUUUGCUCCUAGCCUCCCAGGCAUCAAUAUCCUCCGACUCCACACGUCCAUGUACUUCCAGUGCUGGGCUGUGAUGUGCUGCAAUGUUCCUGAAGCCAGGGUCUUCAAAGCUUCCAGAUCAAACAAUUUCUACCUGGGCAUGUUGCUGCUCAUCCUUUUCCUGUCCACCAUGCCUGUCCUCUACAUGAUCGUGUCUCUCCCACCAUCUUUUGACUGUGGUCCUUUCAGUGGCAAAAACAGAAUGUUUGAAGUCAUCGGUGAGACUCUGGAGAAUGACUUCCCAAGCUGGCUGGCAAAAAUUUUGAGACAGCUCUCUAAUCCGGGACUGGUCAUUGCUAUCAUUCUGGUGAUGGUAUUGACCAUCUAUUAUCUCAAUGCUACUGCCAAGGGCCAGAAGGCAGCAAAUCUGGACCUGAAGAAGAAGAUGAAACUGCAAGCUUUGGAGAACAAGAUGCGAAACAAGAAGAUGGCAGCUGCACGAGCAGCUGCAGCUGCUGGUGGGCAGUAA